AUGAAGAUACCAGGGGCAACUGCGCCCCCACCAGGGCAGGUGGCUAUUAAAAGAAGAUCCAGAGUCCCUGGAGUUAUGAUAACACAGUUUGUGGAGGAAGUACCAGAGGGCAUGUCCACCCCCGACUUCACCCGCAAGCCCAUCGCUUUGACGAUCCAAGAGGGUAAAUUAGCCUUUUUCAAAAGUAUGGUAAGCGGAGUGCCUAAACCAAACAUCACCUGGGCCAGGAACAAAGGCCCGCUGGAGGAUCCAGUGAAGUAUAUCAGUAGAUAUGAUGAGACUAUGGAAGAAUAUUUCCUUGAGAUACCCAAUGUAAGAGCAGAACAAGCUGACACCUACAAAUGUUUUGCCGCCAAUGAAUAUGGAAGAGCAGUUUGCACUGCCACCUUGAAUGUUAUUGAGGUUGGAUUCAAGAUGAAAGCGACAACAGGUCCAAAAAGAGCGGCACCAGAGGAUUUCAGAAAAAUGCUUAAGAGGAAGGUUGUACGAACUAAACCACAACUAAAGAAGAAGGAGGGAGAGAUUGAUCCAAAGUUCUGGGAGGUGUUGCUGAGCUCACCUAAGAAGGACUACGAGAAGGUCUGUAUGGAGUAUGGAGUCAGUGACUUCCGCUGGAUGCUGAAGCAGCUGAACUUAAAGAAGAAAGAGAGAGAGGAGGAACAGGCAAAGGUUGUUGAAAAACUUGAAAAUCUUAAACAUAUUGAGGUGAAAACAGAUGGUUCAGCAGAGUUUGAACUGGACAUGGAACUAAAGAAUCCCAACAGUCAGAUUUUCCUAUUCAAGGAUGGGGUAAUGGUUCCCUAUUCUGACGACGGCAGCGGGAAGCACAACCUAAACAAAAUUGGCAAAAAGUAUAUCUUUAGCAUCAAUGACCUGAUGCCAGACGACGCUGGGUUGUACCAGGUGGACGUUGAGGAUGCCAAUUGUUUCUCAACUGACUUUAAGAUUAUACCAGUGGAGUUUGUUGUCAAGAUUCAGGAGGUGAAGGCUAAGGAGAGAGAGGAUGCCAUGUUUGAGUGUGUCUUGUCCCACCCCUUCCAAAAGAUUGUGUGGACUGGAAAGAACAUCCCUCUCGCACAAGGGGACAAGUUUGACAUCACUGUGUCAGAAGACCACCUCAUUCACAGCUUAAAAGUGAAAGAUUGUGCCCAAGUCGACAAAGGAGUCUACACUGCCAUGGCUGGCAUUACCUCCUGCAACGCUUGGCUUAUUGUGGAAGCCGAUAAUGACCCAAACAUGCGUGGGGGAAAAGCGUCCCGUAAAACCACCACGGCUGGUGGUGGAGGAGAGAACCUGGCUAAGAUAGCCGCAGAGCAGUCAGCUAAGCUGCAGAAGGAAAAGGAUGCUGCGGAUGCAGCCAGACGGGCCCAAGCAGAGAAGGAUGCUGCGGAUGCAGCCAGACGGGCCCAAGCAGAGAAGGAUGCUGCGGAUGCAGCCAGACGGGCCCAAGCAGAGAAGGAUGCUGCGGAUGCAGCCAGACGGGCCCAAGCAGAGAUGGACCCUGCGGAUGCAGCCAGACGGGCCCAAGCAGAGAAGGAUGCUGCGGAUGCAGCCAGACGGGCCCAAGCAGAGAAGGACGCUGCGGAUGCAGCCAGACGGGCCCAAGCAGAGCAGGACGCUGCGGAUGCAGCCAGACGGGCCCAAGCAGAGAAGGAUGCUGCGGAUGCAGCCAGACGGGCCCAAGCAGAGAAGGAUGCUGCAGGAGCCGGAGCAGGUGCCGGAGCAGGUGCCGGAGAGGGGGAUGGAGAAGGACAUGGAGGUGUUCAAUUCCUUAAUGGACUGGCUGAUAUUACUGGCAGCCUCGGGGAAAGAGCAGAACUGUCCUGCAAACUGAGCCAUGAGAACUGUGAGGGAGUCUGGCUUAAAGACGGGCAACGAGUAACUCCUGAUGACAGGGUGAAAAUCAUCACAGAGGGAGCCUGUCACAAGCUUGUCAUUGAUUGCUGUCGAAAAGAUGAUGGAGCAGUCUAUCGCUUUGAGGUCGAUGGUCGUAUAUCAGAGGCCACACUCACUGUUCAGCACCCGCCAACAUUCAACAUGGAUUCUCUGAGAGAAUUCUCUAAGCCGGUCAUUGUGAGAGCAUGUGAAACGGCUGAGUGGAAAUUGGCCUUUUCGGGUGGUGACCCAAUGAAGAUCAAGUGGAUCAAGGAGGAUGAGGAACUCCUGGAAGGCCUCAAUGUCAAGAUAGAACAGACUGACAUAAAAGCCGGCUUGUGUAUUACCGAUUGUCAAAGGAGGAACUGUGGAGAGGUCAAAAUCAAUAUAAAAAAUGACUAUGGUACAUUGGAAGCCACAUCCAGACUGAUUGUUCUUGACAAACCCACACCGCCACAAAGACCUGUGGAAAUUGUGGAAACUUCUCUAACCGCCAUUGAAUUCAAAUGGAAACCCCCAAAGGAUGACGGUGGCUGUCCAGUCAAACACUACAUUUUGGAGCGCCAGCAGGUGGGGGGAAGCAAGACAUGGACCAAUGUAGGGGAGCUCCCAAAUGACCCCCUUAAAUACAGGGAUACUAAUGUAAAGCCUGGGAAAAGAUACUGUUACCACAUCAGAGCCAAGAAUGAGGAGGGAGUCAGUAAUGCGUUGGAGACAGAGGACAUCCAGGCUGGCAUAUUGUGUAAGUAUUGUUAA